AUGGCCAACGAAGACCCGAGUGUUAGGAGCAGCUCUGGCUCACGCUCUUCGGCCGCUCGCUCUUCGACCCGACAGUCGGCGCAGCCUGGCNAGCUGUCGACCAUCGAGAAGAGCGUCACACAUCUGCUUGUCGCGACCAAGCAGCUCCUCGAAACCUUGACCCAAUGGUCCCGCAAUGCUGCCAGCGAGAGCGAGGUCUCGGACGUCUACGUGCGCCUGGGAUACGAGUUCAACAUUGCCUGUCGCGCUUUCAACGGCAUAGGUGUUGACACCCAGGACCUUGGCCCCGUGCCCGACCUUCUGCGCGCCAUCCUCGAGGAAACCCUCAGCCAGGAAGCCAGUCAACAGAGCCUCGACCGCUUCCUCCCACGCAUCCGCGAUAUCAUCAUCAACCUCCUGCAUGGCCUUAAGAAGAAGCAGCAGCGGUUGCGCCAGCGUACCAGCAGUGGCAGCCAGAGCUCGAGGCAGGCCAGCGCCGCAGAGUCGGCUGCUGACGACCUCCUCGCUCGCCAGUCCGCCAGCCGAACCCAGUCGCAACGAGUCGCCAACGAACUCCCUGCCCAUGACCUUCCUCCACGCUCAGCCUCUAUGCAGGGAGGCAGGUCGUCACCUAGGAAGGAAUCCUUCCCUCCUGCUGUCUCGACGCAACACACCCGCGACCAAAGCCGCGAUACCACAAACUCCGACUCUUCAUCCAUGUCGAGUAACGCUAUGCAAAACAUACCCGUUAUUGCUCCAUAUCCUCAAGAAGACACGAUGCCCGCCCAGCCACCAGCACAGUACGGAAACGAACCUGCGCCGGUAGCCUACCAGCAAGAGUCUCCACGACCUCCCUAUACCGAACACAAUCUACCUNCCCCCACCCCGCCACCGAAACAACAAGAUGCCCUGGCUGCUUUGCAACGCGGUGGAGAGCUGGAGAGGAGAGCGUCGAGACGUUUCUCUGCCUACCAGAUUUCGAAGCAUCUGGGAUCCAGUAACGGAGUGCCUAUGAUACCAUCGGCCCAGAAUAGCCCAAUUCCUAAUCGAGGCCAAGACACGCGCGAGUCUAUGAAAGCUGUCCGCACUCGAAGCUUUCUUCACAACAGGCAGAAAUCGGCUCAAAAAUCUGCUCAAAACUCGCCCAGCAGAAGAGAACGAUCAGAAGAGCAAAGGCUUACCGAGACAAUAAACACAGAUGUGGGAGAGCUACCAUCGACCGCGGGUCUGGAGAGUGCUAGUCCCAUGCCCAAGACACCCGAAGAUAAACUGGGAGCUUACCCAUUCCCUACGCAACAAUCGCCAGAAGAGGCAGACAUGGGCGCCACCGUCAGCGGGCCGCUCCCUGAGACAAUCCUCGAACCGACCCCUGAGGAAGCAGCGGGUGGAGAGUUGCAGCGUCGCAAGUCUAGGAUACAACGGCAAACCACUCCUCCCCCAAGUACUGAGAAGGCUUCUUCUCAGCAACAGUUUGUGCCCGAAUCCUCGCCUCAGCCUGGCAAGGAAUUGACCCUUUUCCUUCAAUACAAGAGCAAAAUCAAGAAGUUCGUUCUGUCUGAUGGUGGUGACCUAUCUAUAGCGAGGCUUCAGCUCGCUUUCAUUGAGAAGUUCGCCUGGAAUACACACAACAACGGCAAUGAUCUCCCUGAGAUUUACAUACAAGAUCCCGUUUCAGGAGUACGUCACGAGUUGGAAGAUCUGGCUGACAUUAAGGAUCGUUCUGUACUUGUCUUGAAUGUGGAACAGCUCGACGAAGUCAAGAAGCACUUUGACGACAGCAUCGGAGGUAUCAAGAGCAUGAUCGAAGGCCUGAAAGCUGCUGUCGAUGACCAGCAAUCCGCUAUUCAUCGAGUUUCUGAGCGACAACAAGAGGCCGCGAAGGAGAUGGCCACUCUGGUGACGGCACCUCCUCGCGCUCAGACACCUAAUGCGACACCUCCACCCCUCCAGACUGCAUCUUCUAAAGGCACACCGGCCCAACUUACUGAAGUCCAAUCUCUCCGUCGCGAGCUCGCCGUUGUCCGUCAAACCUAUACAUCAUUUGUUGACGAUAUCAACUCUUCCAUGUCCUCUAUCCGGACCAAGGCUGCUACUGUCAAGUCUGCAGCAAACAAGGCGCGUGUUCCUUCUAUGCCCGCCGGCUCUGGUCGAACCUAUGUCAACGGGGGCAAGAAAUCGCUUUCGGAUGACAGUGAGAAGCUUGUUACCCAAGUGGAUGAUCUGCAAGAUACCGUAGAGGAUCUUCGCAAAGACGUCGUCCAACGCGGAGUCCGACCUCUACCUCGCCAACUCGAUGCCGUCGGCAAAGAUAUUUCUACCGCGACAACUGGCCUCAAGAAACUGCAAGAGUUCCUCAAGCGUGAGAAGCCAAUCUGGACCAAGAUCUGGGAGAAAGAAUUGCAAGUCGUCUGUGAAGACAGAGAUUUGCUCACCAUGCAAGAAGAACUCUGUAUUGACUUGGAAGAUGACCUUGAAAAGGCGGCCGAGACCUUUGCACUCGUCGAGCAAGCCACAAGACAACAGAAUCUGCAAAACACACCUCGCUCCUCUUCUCGUACGCUCAACCCCGUAGCUCUCGACCGCGGCGGCGAUCCUGCCAAAGCCCGCACAGGCGUGUUGGGGGAGGUACGCGCCCUUCAGCCGAACCACGAGUCCCGUCUCGAAGCCAUUGAGCGCGCCGAAAAAGCGCGUCAACGCGAAUUAGAAGAACGCCGUGAUGGCGAGUUCCAAAAAGAACUUAGCAGUUUCGUCGAGGAAGGGAAACUCAAGAAGAGCGGUGGCGUGGAAGAGGCGGAGCGCUUGCGCAAACUCAAAGAUGAAAGAAGCAGGAAGGAGAACUACGAGCUGCUCCAGCAGAGGGAGAGGGACAGAGCUGCGAAGAGGGCUGCUGAUGCUGCUGCUAAGGCGGCCGCAGCUGAGAGUGCUGCCGCCGAGCCCGAAGCUGCCGCUGAAGGUACUGAGACCAGUACAGAAGCCAAGGAUGUAUCAGCAGAGAACACCACGGACAAGAGCAUCGAAGAUACACCCGCACCUCUCGGAAAUGGCACUGCAGACCCCACACCCUCCGUCCCUGCAAGCGAAGACACAAAACCAGACAUCCAAUCAUCACUCGAACCACCGACUUCAGACGGCGCAGUAGACUUCGACGAACCAAGCCCAGCCGUUGAAUUCGUCGAUGCCCGAGAAAUCCCACCCACGCCUGCUGCAGAGUAG